CUGGGGCACAGCACGCAGGCACCACGAGAAGAAUGCUGCUGCUGCUGCUGCUGCCACUUCUGGCCCUGGCUGAAGCCUGGAUGCAUCCAUUCCCCUCCCCGUGGCGGCUCCACUUGCAGCAGCAGCAGCAGGCUGUCCUGCGUACACCUGCGGGCAGCAGGCUGGCAGUGCUUGCUGCCUUUUCUCUCCUUCUGAUACACGGACAUGCACAAGUGCUGCUGCAACAGAGUCCACCAUCUGUUACCAGAAAGAGAUCCAGAACUGUGGAUAUUGAGUGCCAAGCUGAGGGCAUAGAUGACUUCCAGGCUGCCUACAUCCACUGGUACCGACAACUGCCUGCCAGAGCUCCUCAAUUUCUCCUUUUUGUGACAGCAAAAUCACAAGUUUCCUAUGAUUCAGAAUCCUAUAGGAACAAAUAUUCGUCUUAUAAAAAUGAGAAUAAUAUCUGCACUCUCUCAGUUAACAACAUACAGGAUGGAGAUGAAGGUACCUACUACUGUGCCUACUGGGACUCUCACAGCAGGAGCAGCCUGCAGGCAGCCCUUACAGAAAGCUGGCUGCAACCUGAGCAGCAUACUUUGAUACAAGUGCCGAGAAACACAGCUGCCUUCCUGCCCCCAUCUCUCAGCCUUCAAGGCGUCCCCACAAGCUUAAGCAGAGGAAGGAAUUCCAAGAUGAGUCCAUCAUUUCCUCUCCCUACCAGCAGCCAUCCUGCUCCUAAUGUUCACUUUUUCGCCGCUGGAAUGGCAGCACUGAAGGACUGGAUGCAAAAUGAUGGACCUGUCACAAGGAAAGUGGCAGUAGGAGUUUACAGAACAUAUCCUGACGUGAGGUCUGCAGUGCAUGCUGCAGUGACAGAGACCUGGAGAAGAUCCAGAGCAGAUUCACUCUCUUAG